CUAUGUUUGCUGCUAGCUCAGUUCAGUUUUAGCAAAACAAUCAAGCUGUAAAGUAAGUCAAGUCCAGCAGAAGAAAUGAGCUUUGGGAUGAGUUUAAGGCUUUUAAGUAAAAAGGUAUGCAAGGAGCUGAGAUCAGUUGGGAGGUCCGAGGUUCGAGCCCUCAGCUACUCUACCCCUCGCCACUGUGAGACGGGGCUCCCUCCCCCCCUCACACAGUUCACAGAUGAGGAGGUUAUGAUGAAAGAAUCAGUUGCCAAACUAGCAAAUGAAGUGAUUGCUCCUCUCGUCAAAAAGAUGGAUGAUGAUCAUAAAUUUGAUCCGAAAGUAGUGGAAGCUCUAUUUGAAAAUGGGUUGAUGGGGCUUGAAGUUCCGACGGAAUAUGAGGGUACAGGAACUGGUUUUCUUGCAUCAAUGCUUGUGGUUGAAGAACUGGCAAAAGUAGAUCCUUCAGUCAGUGCUUUAGUUGACAUCCACAAUACAUUAGUAAAUGCACUGAUUAUUAAAGUUGGAUCUGAGGAGCAGAAGAAGAAGUAUUUACCCUUAUUGUCAAGGAAAUAUCCUGGCAGUUUCUGUCUCUCCGAGCCAACCUCUGGGUCAGAUGCAUUUGCAUUAAAAACUGUUGCCAAAAAAGAUGGAAGCGAUUACCUUAUUACUGGAUCAAAAAUGUGGAUAUCAAACUCUGAUCUCGCUGGAGUUUUUCUUGUGUUUGCUAACGCCAAUCCUGCUGUAGGAUACAAGGGGAUUACAUGUUUUGCUGUGGAGAGGGAUGCACCUGGUUUUGAAGUUGGAAAGAAAGAAAUGAAACUUGGUAUCAGAGCUUCAGGAACAUGUACCCUCCACUUUGAUAGCGUCAGGGUGCCUGAAAGUGCUAUAGUAGGAGAGUAUGGACACGGUUACAAAUAUGCUGCUGGAUUCUUAAAUGAAGGAAGAAUAGGAAUUGGAGCUCAAAUGAUUGGAACGGCCCAGGGGGCUCUGAAUCACACUAUUCCUUACACUUUGGAAAGAAAACAAUUUGGACAGGAUAUAUUUUCCUUUCAGUCGAUGCAGCAUCAGAUAGCCCAGGUGGUUACUCAGUUGGAGGCAGCUCGCUUGAUGGUCUACAACGCUGCUCGUCUAAGAGAGGCCGGACUGCCCUUCCUCAAGGAGGCUGCCAUGGCCAAGUAUUACGCUUCAGAGGUAGCCCAGCUGGUCACAAUCAAGUGCAUUGAUUGGAUGGGAGGUGUUGGCUUCACCCAAGAUUACCCGCAAGAGAAGUUCUAUAGAGAUGUCAAAAUUGGAGCCAUUUACGAGGGAACUACAAACAUGCAGUUGAGCACAAUUGCCAAAGCAAUUAGAAAAGAAUACAGUUGAUAAAAUCUCAAAAUGUUUUCCAUAUACAGGGUGUCACAAAAAAGUGUGAUGGGCUAUACAGGACCUAAUUCUACACGCAAAAAUAAGUCAAAAAUGAAGAAUAAUAUUUAUUGGAUUUCGGCUUAGUUUAGCCGUAAUCCGCCAUUUUGUUUUUUGGGGAAAAUAUUUAUUAUUUCAAAAUCCCUUUGAGAUAUUUUUACGAAACUUGGCAAAAUUUU